GAUGAUGGCGGCCUCGGAGCGCAGGCUCCCGAGUCCCGAGGCGUUCGUGGGCCAGUCUUGGAGCAGCUGGAUCGAGCGGGCUGAGGCUCUGCGGCUGUCGGAUGAUUUGAUUGACAAGAUACAGACCGGGGAUUUUGUCUAAGAGUUGGAGUCGGAUGUUUUGGGAGCAGCGUGGAAUGGCCAGUAUGGAACAUUUUUCUUAAUUGUUAUCAGGCACAGAAUCGGAAGACUGUGGCAAGGAUGUGAGAAAGAAAAUUGAAACAAUGCGGCUCAUUAGAGAAGAUAUGCCAAUCUUUGGUCACUGUCCAGCCCAUGAUGAGUUCUUCCUUGUGGUGUGUAACCAGUGUGGACAAGUAGUUAAACCUCAGGCAUUUCAGAUGCACUGUGAGAGAAGACAUGGGUCUCUGAACAAACUGUCAGCACGAAAAGCUCCUGCCUUGAAUUCCCCAAACUCCAUUCUGCAGAAAUCGCGAUGCAACAGUGUUCAAACUGCAGUUACCUCCAAUCAUGGCACCAGAUCCUCCAAAGAGAAGCUGCACAGCCCUGGUAACAAGGUGCUACAGUUAGAUGUGCCUUCAAAGGGACCAAAAGAAAAUCUGUGCUUGUUUGUUCCUGUGGUGAACCUGGAAAAGAUCCCAUCUCUCGGAAAGACAGAGAGUUCAUGCAUCAAACUGACCGCCAAGCCUCCUGCUGCUUCUCCAUCCUCUCCUGAACCCAUUUCACCAUCUGAGAAACCCAGCCCGGCCCCUGUCCUUGAUUCCUUGGCAAAGACAGGGGUUUUGAAUGCAGUCCCAAAAGCAGCUGACCUCUCACUCACUGCAGCAGUGAUUCAGAAUGGUAAAGGUGAACGAUUACCAAUGCUGGAAGAACCAGCAUUCAGUAACAGGAGGAACAGCCAUAAAGUCCACAGGAGAGUAAUGGAGAAAGAAAGUGACCUCAAUAAACACUGCGGAGUCAUGGAUCCAGAGACCAAGAAGCAUUGCACUCGUUCAUUAACUUGUAAGACGCACUCACUGACUCAGAGGAGGAACGUGCUCGGCCGGCGGCUGGCGUUUGAUGAGUUGUUGGCAGAACAUCGGGCCAGCUUGAAGAACAAGGAAGGUGGCAGAGAGAAAAAGCAGCAAGCUAAAGAGGCAGUGACACAUUCCCCUGUGCAGGAAACGACCGCUGGAGGCUGGGCUUCGGUGAUGGCAGGAAUCUCCCUGAGCCACACAAAGCCUGCCGGCUGUUCCGGCUCAAGGGUUUCUUUGGAAAAUGAAUUGACUGACACGGAGAGAUCCCCGGCUGAUCCCACACCACACCCUGAGCUCCCCUACCCUCUCUUCAGAUUCGAGAUAAACAGCCGGCUGUCGAGCGAAGAGAGUGACGGGGAGGUGACUGAGGAAUUGGACAAGCCAGACUGUCAUUAUUCACGAUUUCAUCCAAAGCCACUGGCAUUUUGCACUUUUGGAAGCCGAAUGAUCAGCCGAGGUUAUUACGUCUUCAACAGGAGAUUGGACCGAUUCCGAAUGGCCCUUAACUCCAUGGUGGAAAGGCACCUAAACUCUCAGAUGUGGAGGAAAAUUCCUCCGGCUGUGGAUUCCCAGAGGGCACCGCCAACACCUGCCUCCUUGACGCACUCGCUGCAGUCUGUGUCAUCCCUGCCUUUGGGCUCCUCCUCCCCGCCACCCCUCGUGAGCACAGAUCUGAAACCAGCGUCCUCUCCAGCUGCCGUCACCACAGCGCGAGCCCCCUCGGACUUGCCUGCCGCCUGCUGCCGUUCACUUGCUCCAACAACCCCUGCCUCGAACCCGCCCCACUCCUCCAGCAAAGUGUCCUGGGCCAAGGCUGGCCAGGGGCUUGGUUUCCAUCAAGGCUCCCACCCAUUUGCUGACACGUCACAGAACAAGAGGAAGAAGCCAGCGCUCUCCAACUCUGAGCUGACACCUGCUCAAGACCCUCCCCUCAAAAGGAACUGCGUGCUUAGUUUGGGCAAGAUCAGUACACCUCCUCCUGGCGGAAUUGCCCCCCGGCCGCCUCACUCGAAUACCUCGUCACACAAUGCUAACAAUGGAGUUGCUGCCCACAGCCCCAAAGCACAGGGACAAGCGGGAAUUCUGGGGCAAUCAGGGAACUCCAUCAAAGGGAACAGCAGAGCGGUGGAACACUUUGAUCCCAAAAGGGGUGCCCGUCUCUGUGAGGGGCGGAAGCUGGGAAUCCGCAGCCCCUCACCCCCACCACUGAUCGCCAACUCCCCUGUGCGGGCUGAGGGCAGGAAGAGGAAGAACGCUGGCGCCUGCUCAAAACCCACCAAAGUAGCCAAGCCCCCCGAGGUCAGCUGUGCACAAAGGAAAAAAGAGGAGAGCUUGGCAACGUCCCGACCACUCGGCAACUCCCACACACAAAAGGCAAAAGUGCGACCCUGAAAGUUGGUCUGCCCAGCUUUUUGGCGAUACAGGACCUGGAAACCUUCCAUCGAUCAGCCACCAAUUCCAGCCCUUGGGCACACAGAUUGGCGCCUGUCGCGAGUGUCAAGAGCUCUGUCGGAUCACAGGCUUAUUAGGCACAAAUGAAAGUGGGACUGUCCCACUAGCUGCCUCAUUUGGCACUAUAGAGUGUGCAGCCUACCCCUUCUAUUGCAUAACACGUCUGUAUGGAGUCCGUUACUACCCUGUCCAUCCAUCUGUUUUGUUUGUCCCUUCCAGUUUCUUUGUUCUGGAGUUUUGCUGUCCUCACCAUUAAACAUGGAAGCCUUACUCUGUAUUGCUACAAAGGAAACCUGAUAACAAAACAUAUGCAAAAUUGGCCAUGAGGUAUUCAACCUGUGCUUCUUGCCCACAAUGUAUUGGAGAAUGAUAAAGGACAUUCUGCCAUAUAUUUAAUCCAUGCUCCCUGCAGGCAGUGGGGUGCAGAUGUCUCUUUUUCGGCAUCGUGCAUUUGUAAACUUGUGUUUUCCUGCCUCUAUCUUCUUACAAAGGGUUUGAUUCAUGGUGAACUGGGGCCCAUGGGUGCUGGACACCCAUCAGAUACACUCCUCAAGGAAAUGUUCCUCUUGUAUAACCUUAAUUUUUCACAAUUAAAACUCUUACAUUCCCUUCCCCUCCAUCCAGGGCAGUUAGAUCCACCCCCAUGCUACUCUUCCUGUCUUAGCAGAGGCUACCCAGCAGUCACUAAGAGCAAUCUGAGAGAGGUUAAGAGAAGGGGAUGAUGACUGUCACUGACAGCCCAAAGUUUAUAUAUGCCAAAUAUCUGUUCAGAUAAGUCUGAGCAGUUCCAAUUGUAGAUAUAAAUGGGAAGAAAAGUAUUAUAUCUCCUGAAGAACUGCAGGCAAAAUUACUGAUAUUUACAUGGCCUUUGGCCCUGACCUACUUGUAUCAUAAUGCUAUUGCAUCUUCUUCAUUGAGAUGUAUCUAGAAAGUUGGCUCUUAUACGUGAAACUUUAAUGGAUUGAAAGAGAACAUUGAAAAGAAGGAAUGAUUUGAUAUAUUGAUAGUAGGGUCACCACUAUUUCAUGUUCUUUAGGCAAAUUUCAUCUUGGUCUAAGCUUCUCUUGCCCAGUGAUCUAACCAUUGAAGUUAAUCCCACGUACUUAAUUAUUGUUUGGUGUUAUUAGAUUUCAGUCCCCUCCUCUCUCCCUUUCUCUGUUCUUGCUUCAAUUUGUUCACUCCGCUGUAUCUUAUAACAACACAAAAGGUCAUUUAGUCUAUCUGGUGCAUGCUACAUCCCGCAGAAUAAUCCUAUUAAUUUCAUUCCUCCUCUCUGUAAUUUCCUGCAGCCCUGCACUUGCGCUCCUUCACAUCUACUCAUCGACUCACUUUUGUUCAUAACUUGUACUUAUCCAUCCUCUGAAUUCCUACCCUCUGCUAAGGCAGCCUUUCCUCCCCAUACCCAAAAAGUGUUGUGUCUAUGUUGCAGUACAUCUUUGGGCUGUAGGAAGAAACCAGAGCACCUGGAAGAAACCCAUGUUGUCAUGGAAACUGCAUGUCUUCUAACAUUUUUCUCUAAUUAUUUACAUCUCUUUCUCUCUUCACUUCUGCUUCCACACGUUAGGCCUGUCCACCAGCAACUACAGUCCCUUCCCUUUCGUUUUGCUAAAGAAUAUUUUAAUGAUAGUGACCCUGAGAACAUUCUUCAAGCAAAGUUAAAAUGAUUUAACUAUAUUCUGCCAAAUUCUAUACAAUUCUCAAGUUGAACCAUUCUUUUGCCCACCAGAAGAUGAAUUGGAUUUUCUUUUUGCUCAGUUGCGCUUGAAGUUUCUGUUACAAACAGAAUUUUAAAAUUUCAUUAUUUUAUGCUUAUAUUUUAAUCCAACCCACUUUAUCAGUACUUUUAUAUGAAUGAUGUUACUUUCUCUGCAACUUUUUUAACUUGCUACUUUUAAGUUUUGAGGUAUGAAUUCAAAUUAUAUGUAACUUUUGAGGGAAAAUAUAGCAAUAUGUAAUGACGGCAUAGCUUGAGUUGUAGAGUGUCUCCUAAUAAUGAUUCAUCCCGUCUUCCCAGGGACAGUGUUAAAUUCUCAAUUAACAAGGAAAAGAAAUAACUGCCUGAUGUUGUCCUCCUAAUCAAUGAGUGAGCGACGACAACGUGGAAACCUGAGCCCAAUCACUUGAGCUGAGAUUAGUCCAGUGGCUGUUUUCAGCUAAAAUGUAUUGAUAAAAUGCUCAGUGAAGAUAGAGGAAAUCAAUUUCAUCCAAAUCACCCAUGAUAAAGGUGACAUUUUGUAACAGCCCAGAUGAGGCUAUUGUGCCUGUGCUGACUCUUUUAAGGGAGAUAUAGUAGGGAGAAUCUAAUCAUUCCCCCUUUUACAUCCAUUUUCCAUAGCCGGUGACCCAACAAGAAAAAUUACCCUCAUUAUAGAAUUUUGCCGGCUUUAAUGGCAAUGGACCUUUAGUGCUGGGAAACAGAACACUUCUAGUAUCUGACACCAAUUGUCGUUAUCAAGCAUGCCUAGUGUGACCUGUUCAUAAACUGAGAUUCCCAACUCACCUUAUUUGAAUAUUGCAUUAUGUUCUGCUCACUCACCCUCUCUAUCCUUGUCAUUUUCCACUGAAUCCUCAUUCUUUUAGCCUAUAGUUUCAAUUCUGGACCUGUUUUUAAAAUAAAUCCUUACCAUAGGAUUCUGGGUUGUCCUUUGUUACCUCAUUGAUUUUCUCAAACCUGACAUCAGUUCAUAAACUUUGGUCCUUUGAUUCAGGUCUUGGUUGUAUCAGCCCUCGUGGUGUACUGUUACUGGCAAAGUCUCCGGUCCUUUAUGUGGAACCUCCGUCCUAAAUCAUACUGUAUAACAAUCUUCUCAUAUCCAUGUCCCCCUCCAUCCUAAAAAGUCUUCAUAAAAGCCAAUUACUUCAUCAAACUUUGAACUAAGCCUCCUCCACACUGCUUGCCCUUAGGUGAGAAUCCCUUCCAUUCUGCUUCCUAUAUCAGUCCAGUAGUUUUGAUUGCCCUGCUGAGAUUACCAAUUUAAUGAUAAUUAUUGUUUAUCAGGCUGAUUAUAUGCAUCGCCAUAAAGGUUAGGUGCAGACGAGUGACCAUUACGAUUCUGAGCAGAAGUGGAACCCAAGAGCCAGGAAUAAACAAGAAUUUGUAACGAACUCCCUGAACUAGCUUAGCCUCUGGUCUUGAAUACCUGUGUCCCAUCUCCAGUGAGCGGCCAGUUCAGUGAAGUGCUAAAAUUGACCUCUAUAAUGCUGAUUCAAAUGAAAGACUGAACAGCACACAAUAAUGUGAAAUACUGAGCAAGAGUGUCGGGCAUGGAGAUCAAAAUGCCAAGGUGUGUAAAUGUCUGAAAAGUUUGUAAUGGUUAUGUACUGAAUUAUGCAAAUAUUUUUUGUAUUUGAUCUAGUAAUGACACAUUGUCUAUAAUAUUUUACAGUUUGAAAUGGUCAAAUAUAUAUCUAUAUAUAAAGAUAAAUACAUAUAUACAGGUAUAGUGACCUAAUGUUACCAAUGCCAGAUGCAUACCCAUUGAGGUAAUUAGGUACCUUGGCAACAGUUGAAGGGUAGCACACUGUUUAAAUGCAAACCAUUGCAAUGUCAGUAGUCAUGUAAUUUAUUGUACAGAUCAAGCCAUUAUAAUCUGAAUCUGAUUUUGCUUUAUCCAGUUUUUAAUAUUUUUUAAGGAGGUUGAGUGUGGAAUUAAAUUGGUGUCUGGAUUGGAAAGACUUAGUUGAAGCUCUGUGUUGCCCAAUUUGAUCUACCUUAGCACAUCCUGAACUCAGUCGUACUGAUAUCAAGAUGAUACUGGGUCCAAGUUAUAGGAAUAGAGUGGGUAUAGGUCUUAAUCUGACAUGUGGAGUUUCUACCUUGGUGUUCCCAUUUAAAAUGUUUCCAAUAUGAAGUUUGAGACACAAUUCAUAAGAAAUAAUGAAAAAAAUAGAGAUUUAUUAACUACAGUAACCAGAUAUAAAGUUUAACAAAGCAAUGAACCAUAGGAAGCCUAAAGACAGGAAAGAGUGAGAGAGAUCAGGGAUCAGAGGGUUUACGACAAUUAUUUUCCUUAUUGUCUUAAGUCUGUGCCCUUGUCAUUGCUGAAUAACCAACCACUGGGGGGAGGUGGAAGGAAAGAAAGCACCAGUAUUUACUCAUCCUAAUGUUUAUUCAUCUUGUCCUUUUAUCAAUAAGUAAUAUUUAAAUAGUUUAGAAAACAGUAACGAGUAGUUUGCCUAAUAGGUCCAAGGUGGAAUAUUAGCAGAGUGUCUCCCUACUCCCCCCACUCCCCCACCCCAUACUCCUGUUCAUCUAACCCCAUAACAUUUCUUCCCUGUCGUUAACUUGCUUCCUCUUAAUUGCUUGGAUAUUUUUUGCAUCAGCUGCUUCAUGUGAAAUCUGUUACAUCAUUUUUUUGUAGCUGUUACUACAUUAUUGCCACUCUCUGGCAAUUGUAUUUCUCCUGAAUUAAUUACUGAACAUCUGUCAUUAUUACAUUUACUUCUACUAAGUCUCGCUUAGAAGUAGAGACUUCCUUAUGCUCCUGUGUUGAAUACAUUGAUGUUUUUAUAGAGCUGUCAGUCCCUCAGCUUUGCAAUACCUCAAAAUUAAUCUUUAAUUCCAUAAUGGAUGAUUUGUAAAAAAAACAUUCAUCUCUUUCUUUUCCUUCUCUCUCUCUCUGUGAUUCCUUCAUUAAUAUCAGUGUUUGGACUGCACAUUCUCUCAGAUGAGAGGAAAGUAACUGAUAUAAACCAUUUUAAACUUUAAUUUGUAUCAGCAAAGGUUAUUUUAUGCUAAAAGAUAUGGAAUUGAAUACUUACCUCAAAUAUGAGCUGCUGCCCAGGCCUGUAAGCUGACAGUUUUUUUUUUAAAUAGCUAUUUUUGUGGUUGGUAUUGUUUUGCUAGAAAAUAUUUAAUACGUGUCCUCGCUGUGUAUUAUUAGAGGUUGCUAGUUUUAUAAUUCAGAUAGUAGUAUUCCAAUGAUAGAAACAGAGAAUGUUGGAAAGAUGCAGCAUGUUAGACAGCAUUUGGGGAGAGGUGCAGAUGUCAGGUUGGUAACCUUUCUAGUGAAAGGUCAUCUGCCUGAACUAUUAAUUCUGUCUGUUUCUCUGCACGUGCUUUCAGACCUGCUAAGUGUUUCCACCACUACUGUUUUUAUUUCAGAAUUUCAGCAUUUGCCAUUUUGCUUUUCGACAGCCCAUCACUGAAUGCUCCAUCUCUGUACUAUGCGUUGAAAUAGAUAAAAGGCUGUUCAAAUGAUGUCAAGACACUAUUCAUUGAAAAGUCAACCAUAUACAAUGAUCAAAUCUUAGAUACUAUUUCCAAUCAGUACUGAAAUUUGUUGAAUCUGAUCAGGGAGACCUUUCAGAGUGGCACUCUACACUCAGUGUUGCUGGUUUAGAAAAGUAAAUGCUGUUUUUACUAUCACUGUAUGGGUGCUUAUUGAAAAUAAGAUCAAGCUCUGGUGUGAUGACGCCUGCAGUUGACUAGCCUGCUAGUGUUCUAGGCAGGCUUCUCCUCCUACCUGUAUUGAAUAGGAUCAGGAUCAGGGAAUAGAAAAGUGGCAAACCUUGGUUGUUUGUCCAUUGCUUUCUGAUAGACAAAGCAUCAGGAAGCCAUUAGUAUCCUCAAUAAAGGACUGAAGGCAUUGAGGAAAGAAAGCCUGCAAGAUAAAGAAAAGAUUAAAUUGAUUAAGAUGAGAAUUAAAAUUGUUAUGUUGCCAUAAGUGUGACAGUUUUAAAAAGAAACUUUUUAAAAAAUAAUUGAUGCUGCUUACAUUUUUCAAGUGACGUACUUUAAAUUUCACUUCAAAAUGAAAAGGUUGUCCUUUUAGGGGCACUUGAAAAGCAAGUGCCCACGAACCUUGCUUUUCCAAGUGAGCUAAAUUGUUUGUGAACAGCCCUCAUAAGGCUGCAGUUUAAUAACUGAAAUGGAGUGCAGUCACAGUGGGCAGAAAUAGGUUCCGACAUUUUAUUUUGCUAAUCAGGAUUGGCUUAGAGAUUGUGAAGUUUUUGACUCCUAGUUGGGUACGGUAUGAAGUUAAGAUUCACAAUGAAUGAGCGUAGAUAAUUAAUGUACAGUAGGCUGUUCAACCGCAGAUGGCAUCAUCACUAAGCUCAAUAUUCUCAUUUACGGCAGUAAAGGUUGCAAUAAUCAUCAGCAGAAAAUGAAGGCAUGCUAAGGGCUAGCAAAACUGACCUAGCUCUUUCUCCAGGCUCCAAUCCACUCCUAACCGCAAAUCCCCAUUCUACCGAUCCCUCCAUUCUUGGGAGUCACCAACCUGCUGACUUCACAUUCCAUUCAUCAUUGGCUUGAGGCCAGUCAAAGUUGCUUCCUGUACUUAUGUUGGGGAGUUUGUUUUGAAUGAUUGCUGUAUGACCAAUAUUUAUGGUUUUUUUUACAUUGACUUUAGACCUCAGUGUUUUUGGUUUAUAAACAAAUAAAUGUAUAAUUUAUAAUACCCAAACAGAUGUUUUGAAUAAAGUUUUUUUUUUGUUUA